GUUAAUUCUUUAGUCUGUGAUCCAAAAUGGCGCUGAAAGCACUUGUCGGGCAAAAAAUUAUGAAUGAAGUGAUCCGCUACCGCGGACCAAAGGGGAAGGAGUCCCAGCGCAUUGACUGGAGAAUCCUCAUUGUUGAUCAACUGUCUAUGCGCAUGGUCUCUGCCUGCUGCAAAAUGCAUGACAUUUCUGCAGAGGGCAUUACAUUGGUUGAAGACAUUCACAAGAAGAGAGAGCCGCUCUGUACCAUGGAUGGCAUCUACCUCAUUACUCCACUGGAGAAUUCAGUCCGUGCCUUGAUCAAUGAUUUCUCAGUGGGGAACCGCAUCAUGUACAAAGCGGCUCAUGUUUUCUUCACUGAAGUGUGUCCUGAGGAAUUGUUCAAUGAACUCUGCAAGUCAUCGGCAGCAAGGAAAAUCAAAACGCUUAAGGAAAUCAACAUUGCGUUCUUACCUUACGAGAGUCAGGUGUUCUCGUUGGAUUCGCCAAACACCUUCCAGCACAUGUACAACCCGAACCACGCGGCGUCGCGCAACGCGAGCAUGGAACGCAUCGCCGAACAGAUAGCAACGCUCUGCGCCACCCUUGGGGAAUAUCCCUCCGUCAGAUACCGCAGUGACGGCGAGCGCAACGUUGAGCUGGCUCAGCUCAUCCAGCAGAAACUUGAUGCUUACAAAGCUGACGAGCCCACUAUGGGCGAGGGUCCGGAGAAGGCUCGCUCGCAGCUGCUAGUGCUGGACCGCGGCUUCGACUGCGUGUCCCCGCUGCUGCACGAGCUCACGCUGCAGGCCAUGGCCUACGACCUGCUGCCCAUCGAGAACGACGUCUACAAGUACGAGGCAUCUCAAGGGCAGAUGAAGGAGGUGCUUCUGGACGAGAACGACGAGCUGUGGGUGGAGCUGCGCCACCAGCACAUCGCCGUCGUGUCCACCUCCGUCACCAAGAACCUCAAGAAGUUCACCGAGUCCAAGCGCAUGGGAGGAGGCGACAAGCAGUCCAUGCGAGACCUGUCCCAGAUGAUAAAGAAGAUGCCCCAGUACCAGAAGGAGCUGUCCAAGUACGCCACCCACCUCCGCCUCGCCGAAGACUGCAUGAAGGCCUACCAGGGAUACGUCGACAAGCUCUGCAAAGUUGAACAGGAUCUGGCCAUGGGCACUGACGCGGAGGGCGAGAAGAUCAAAGACCACAUGAGGAGCAUCGUCCCAGUUCUGCUGGAUCAGUCCGUGGACAACAACAACAAAAUGCGCAUCAUCGCCCUCUACAUCAUGUCCAAGAACGGCAUCUCCGAAGAAAACCUCAACAAGCUGGUGUCCCACGCGCAGCUCGAGCAGUCCGACAAACAGACGCUGCUCAACCUCGCCUACCUUGGCCUCAACGUGGUCAUCGAUGGCAACAGGAAAAAGCAAUACCAGGUGACGAGGAAAGAGAGGAUAACGGAACAAACAUACCAAAUGUCACGAUGGACGCCUGUCAUGAAAGACAUCAUCGAAGACGCCAUUGAAGACAAACUUGACCAGCGCCACUUCCCUUACCUUGCUGGCCGCGCCCAGACCUCUGGAUACCAGGCACCCACCAGUGUUCGCUACGGUCACUGGCACAAGGACAAGGCGCAGCAAACCGUCAAGAACGUUCCACGCCUCAUCGUCUUCGUCGUUGGAGGCGUGUGCUUCUCAGAGAUCCGCUGCGGGUACGAGGUGACCGCCGCUCUCAAGAACUGGGAGGUGAUCAUCGGCUCCUCCCACAUCCUCACGCCCGACAACUUCCUCUCCGACCUCAACUCCCUCACCGCCUAACUCUAACCCCGCGGCGCACAUCCCCAUCCUCAACUCACGCCAACCCCAACUCGCCUGUCUACUCGUGACCCGGCAGCCCAGCGUCGGCGGACGGGCUCUUCAGACAUUUUGGAUCACGGAGACGUCUUUUGACACGUUUAUUACUAACAUAUUACCCUAUUGCGUGUUCGCUUAACAUAUAGUGAAAUAUUCAGCAAUAAAGUAACAAAAGGAAUUAAUCAAACUGCAAUCGAGCGUUCGAAAGGUCGAGAAACAGAAACUGAAUACUAUUUAAUAAGAAUUAUGAGCACCAGUUUUAUAUAGAUGACCUUUUGCUGUCACUUUGUGUCUCGGGCUUUAUUUCUGUCAUAGAGUAUAAUAUAUAGUUGAUUAUGUGUUAGUAGUUGUCGUUACGCCGAUAGUGUCCGGGGUAGCCGUAGUGUUUCGCUAGCUACUCUUCAGCAGAGUGACGUAGUGCGAAGCUAGAUGCACCUCAAUGUGAUACCGACUUGCGGCGCUGCAUAGGAUUAGGCGCCCUUCGUGCGGGCUGAUAGAUUAUAUAGCACUCGUGGAAUACUUCAGUGAAUAUGUUUAAUGUUUGUACAAAUUUCCAUAUUUUAUAUUGUUUAAUUAUUUGUUGUUUAAAUUAAGUUGUUAAAAAUUGUAUCGCGUUUCCGCGCACAUAUAAAAUAUGUUUAAGAUGAGUUGUAUUUGCAAAAAUCAGAAGUAUUUUAUGUUGGUUCAUUACAUUUUGUAUUCGAGUUUAAAAUACUAAACGUAACCUUUAUAUGAAUCUUCGUCUAACUCAAUAUUUUUCUUAACUCUAUAAGUACUUGGACUUGCGAUAAAUAAAAUGUGAUUACGAAAAGUAGUUCCCUUGGUGGGUUUAUGUCAGCGACUUUAAUUUUAUUUGUGACAGAACAUUUAUUGCUGUUCUAUCUACUAAAUAGUUAGGGAAAUGGUACAUUCUCGUACCGCCCGUAAAAAGCAAGCAAAAUACUAGAAAUAAUGUAUUACAAUAGAUAGACGCGUUUAUCAUUGUUUAGCUAUAUUGAGUUUCGGCUUAUAUUUGAUGUUUCAUGUAGAUUUAACGCCAACCAAAAAUGAUAUAAAGACGAUGAGAUAUAGAGAUUAAGCUAAGAAUAAUCGAUUAAUUUAACUAGUGUAAUUUCCGCGAGUUUUGUCAAACCGAUGACAGAGAUAUUCAUAUUAAAAAGUCAUGCCAAUUUUGAAUGCUGCAGAUUACCAUCUAUUUGUCUGUUUUAUAUAUUGAUAUUUAGACGAAGAAGUAGGAAACAUAGCUGUAAACAUUGCUUCUUCAUAUUUUAAUGCCAAAUUUAAAAAAAAGAUCUUACUGCCUGUUUAUAGUAGGUCGACUGUCGUAUGAGAGAAUCGGCCCGUUAUAAACUCGUCCUUACGCCUGCCGUCAUCUGACUUUGUGACCAGACUGUGACGCAGCGUAGGCGGGCGCUGGCUACCAAGAGGGUUAAAAACGGUACAUCUUUCACAUCAAAAGCUCUGAGCCCAAGGCGAAGGCCCUGAAUCUCGGGCGACUUUACGUUAUUGUUUAGUGUGUUAAAACACUUUCUGAAAAAUAACAUCAAUUCUUAUUUGACAAAAAAAUAAGCCGGCUCUCCGUAACAAGCGAGAGCUAAUAAGAAUUUUAACCCCAUUUGGUGCCGGCCGUCAGUGUUGUAUAUUAUUUAUAGGAUUUCACUAGUGAUAAUUCUCUAUAAAGGUUACUCUCUUACGAUUAAAGUUGUUAUUGUCUUGACGUCGCCUUUAUUAAUGACUUAAAAUUGUCUACAUUCCAUCUUCUGAUUGUCUAGGAGUUAAUCUUUCACGCACUUGUGCUUUUUCAUUCUUCCACACUAUAUUAUAUAGUUAAAUUACGACAGUUAGUUCAUUUAUAACAAAUAAGUAUAGAGUACUUUAUAAUACUAAAACCAGACCCGAUUCAGGAUUUGUUGGGCAGGGGUCCGUUCGUGUGUCGUUUGAUUGCUUUUUGCGUAGAAUGCGGGCCCCGCCUGCACUCCUCUCCGGGCCUGGCUGGUGUUAGCUAGCACUUUGAGCGUCAAACUGGGAACUCGGAUGCCAUUGGACACCCGAUAUUACACCUAACGUGAUAUAAUGCUGUUAUUUUUAAGCUCUGGUUUUAUAUUCUAUUCGAGUUAGGCUUAGGAAUAAAUAAGGGGUCAGCAAUAAUAAAAGUAUAAAAAAUGUAUACAUUUAAAUAAGGCAGCGUGGACGGAUUAUAUCACGUUCGUGUAAUUGCUCUUUACAAAAUUCAUGUUUACUAGGUAGAAGGAAAGAAUCAUAGUUUUCUCUGUCGACGUACAAGUGGUCAAACGAGUACUAUCUUUGAUGCUCAGAAGGUUAAUCGUUGGAAUUUGCGGUCGACAUAUUAAAUCAAUCACUCGUGUACCGGUAUUAAAUUCGACUAGUCGUAUUAUAUGUAAUUGGACGUGUUUACAUUAUCUAAAUAUUUACCGAUGUUAAUUACUUGCUGAAACCAUUGAAAUCAUAUAUCAGCUGUAUGAUCAAGAGUAAAACCAUAAAACAUGUAUUGUUUUCGCCAGACAAGCAUUUAACGCCUAGUUAGAAGGUCGCCUAUGUGUCGUGAGAAUGCUUUGAUUUAUGAUUUUACCCUUUGCUAUGCAUGUAGCACUAAACUAAGUACAACAAAUACAUAUGCUUAACCAGUCGUAUCGUAGUUGAGAUGUUUAACCAAAAUAUAGUUAAACUCAAAACUUUACAACUUAAUUUAUUUAACAUUACUUAUAUGUUAAACAGAUUAAGUUGUACACUCUCAAUCAUGGCAUUUUCUAGUAAAUAUAUCAAUAUAAAAUACUAUUUUUUCGAUAUACUUAGAUGAAACAUUCACAUUUUAAUAUAUACAUAACUAGACAACUUUAUAAUAGCAACAUACUUCAUUAUCAGUAUUAAAGUGUUGAAACGUUUAUUAAAUUAUUUAAUCGUCUAA